UUUUUGUCUCCCUAAGCCCUGUGUCUAGGUCGUUUGGGAAACACCUUGGAGAGUCGAGAAUAAAAUUGCAGGUCAAACAAUGGAUGACUGGAAAAAUCGGCUUGUAAUCAACAGCAUGCUUCCCCAUUUCGCCAUGGUGGGAAAUCGUCAGGAGCCCAGAAAGCUCCAGGAAUCGGGAGCCAUUAAGAGGAGGCAGGAAGGAGACAACUUCCAGUUUCCAGGCAUGGCUGACGGGGGUUACCCUAAUAAAAUCAAGAGGCCUUGCCUUGAAGAUGUCACCCUUUCUAUGGGCACAGGUGCCCAUCCCAGCCAUCCCAGCCAUCCCAGCCAUCCCAGCCAUCCCAGCCAUCCCAGCAUGCCUUGUGCAGAGCUGCAGGUUCCUCCACUGACAAUGAACCCUAACCCUACGGCCAUGGGAGUAGCGGGCCAUCAUUCAUUACUACUCGAAAAUAAUCCCAUGAACAGCAGUGUAAUGGGCUCACCAUUUGUGGUACCACCGACCACAGAAAUGGGACUGAAAGGGCCUACUGUUCCUUACUAUGAUAAAACCAAUAGUGUGCCAGCUGUGGACCAGGAACUUCAAGAACUACUGGAGGAGCUAACAAAAAUUCAAGACCCUUCUCCGAAUGAGCUAGAUCUGGAGAAGAUCCUGGGGAGCAAGCCAGCAGAACCAUUGGCCCUAGAUCAUCCUCAGGCAACCCUGGGCACAACUCGUAAGCCUUCAGCUCAGAUGCCACCAUUGGAGAGUCUUGGAUCCAGCAAGGAGUUUGCUUCUGGUUGCAGCCAGGUCACUGGCAUGUCACUUCAAGUCCCGCUCUCAUCUGCAGGGAUCAACUAUUCAAUUCCCUCCACCAGUAAGCAGAUGGUCUCACCCAGCUGUGCGACAACGCAGUCUAAGAGCCAGGUCCAGGUGAUGCACCCUGUGGCUUUGCCCCCGCUCCCGGUGCCUCAGUGGCAUCAUGCCCACCAGCUGAAGGUGUUGGCGGCCAGCAAGCAGGGAUCUGCCACGAAGCAGCCAGGGUCCACCUCCAGUUGGUCUGCCCUGCCUCCUCCAGGCCUCUCCCCAACUUACGGCCCAGUGCCAUCGCCACACCCGCCGCCGUCAUUCGGCUCACAGAGCCUCAUGGUAUCCUGCAUGUCAUCCAGCAACCUGCCGGGGAGUGUUCUCCAAGCUUCUCCCAAUGCCUUAGUCUCAAGCAUGGCAUCCAGCAGCAAUGCUGCCCUUGGGCCCACCAUGCCCUAUGCUCCUGAGAAGCUCCCCAGCCCAGCUGUCAAUCAACAGCCGCAGUUCAGCCCACAGAGCUCAAUUCUUGCCAACCUGGUAUCCUCUACCAUCAAAAGCCCUCAGGGCCACCUGAUGUCUGCUCUGCCCACCAGCAGCCUGGGGCCCUCCCCACCCUACCGCCCAGAGAAGCUCUCCAGCCCAGGCUUGCCGCAGCAGUCCUUCACUCCGCAGUGCUCCUUAAUCAGCAGCCUCACUCCCAACAGUAAUCCGCUAAGCCAGCAGCAGCAGCAGCAGCAGCAGCAACAGCCAACAAAUGCCAUCUUCAAGCCCAUGGUCACCAACUCACCCAAGAACCUGAGUGUUAUCAUGCAGCAAGGGCUAGCCGGCCCCAGCCCAGGAGCGCCAGAGCCAUUUACUUUUGGCAACACCAAGCCCUUGUCACAUUUCGUUUCUGAGCCGGGCCCCCAGAAGAUGCCCUCCAUGCCUGCCACCUCUCGGCAGCCUUCCCUGCUCUACUACCUGCAGCAGCCGAUGCCAACACAGGGCUCCUCUGCCACUGCCUCCUCCACUGCCACGGCCACCUUGCAGCUGCAGCAGCAGCCGCCUGAGCGUUCUCCGUUCCUUCUGCAGCAGAUGAUGCAGCAGCCCCAGCGCUUUCAGCGAUCGGCAGCCUCGCAGUCCAUGCCUCCUCUGCCCAGACAGUUCCUGUGCAGGAGGAAAACUGCACCCACAGGUGCUGCCAGGGGAAGGAACCAGGGGACACAAGUCACAAUCGCACAGAACUGCCUUCCCCUGCACUGGGCCAUGGAGCAUGUUCCCUCACACAGGACCAGUGAAGUCUUCGUAGGAUGCAAGGUGCAGCACUGGCUACUCUGCAAAACUGCCCCCACAGAAAACGGCCAGCCUAAAUGGCAAUGUACUACAGACCUGCUCUGUGCCUGGCACUACAAGAAGCAAGAGAAACAGAGAUCAGAUCUUACGGCAGUGACCCCUGAACAGCAGAAUGCAUAUAUUGCCCAACAGAUGAGUCAAUUUCAAGCCGUCCAAGAACAAGUCAACUCCAAGUGUAGGCGGACCAAGGCAAGCCUCCCAUCCAGCCAGCACAUGAUGCCACCCAGAGCUGGGCUCCUUCAGAACAAUCUGAGUCCAGGAAUGUUCCCACCAAGCGAGCAGCGGAGCCAUGAAGGCAUGAUCUCAAAGUCCCCGGGCAAACAGCAAGGAAUGUUCAGCUAUAGCCCUCGGUUUCCUAUACCUUCCCACCCAGGCCAGAACCCCCUGGGCAGCCUUGGCUUUGUCUGCCAACAUAUGCAGAUGCCCAGGGCCACCCCCUCUGGGAUGCCCCUGCCUGGGUUCUAUCCCAACCCCUUGGGCAGCCAGCCCCUGAGUCCCUACCAGCUUCGACAGCCCUGUGUGCCAAAAAUGCACACCGUGUUCAAUGAUAACACAUGGGCAGCGGCGGCGGCAGCUGCAACCCCAGUGGUCUCGAGGGAACGACCCCCGAGCCAAGUAGAUAAUAGCUUCCAGCAGCAUUUUGAUAGCAACUUGAUCUUUGCCAAGGCACCUGUGAGAGUCCCCCUGGUAGCCCCAGCCUGCCCAUCGCAGCAGGCAGUCAUGCCUCCCAGUCAGGGGGCCCCAGGAGGCAGGCCUGGCCAGACUCCAGUACAGAGUCCCGUGCCUAUUCUGGAUGCUACCAAGUCCCUCCAGCAGGGCAUAGCCAGCUUUGGUCCCAUGAGUCCCAUACAGGGUAUCGAGCCACCACCAAGCUAUGUGGCUGCUGCCGCUGCCGCUGCCACCACCACUACUGCCUCUGCCAUUGCUGUCAGUCAGUCCCCAGGCCCAUCCAGUGGAAUGGGUCUCCCCUCUAAGCUGCUGACCCAUGACUUUCUGCCCCAGCCCUCAUUAAACGACCCGAUUGCAGCACCUGACUACAAUGAGGUGGAUUUCACUGACACUGUCGUGAAAGUCCCUGGUGCAAGCCCAGAUGAAGACUGGACAUGCAACCUGAGGUUGAUCGAUGACAUUUUGGAACAGCAGCAUGCUGCUGCCCGAAAUGCCGCAGCCAAGAAUGCUGGCCAAGUCACCCAGAAUAGCCAGAAUAACAUCCCCCACAACACACGCUGACAUCACUCUAGGGAGUGGCGAGAAUCCAUAGCAAAUUCACAGCUGGCCCCAGACAACCACGCGAGUGUUUCCUCAUUACAAUCUGAGUGGCAUCAGCCCAUGCCCAUCCCUCUCUCUACCUGUGACAAAAUGGUAAUCUGGUGAUUUUUCAAGUUACCUGUACAUAUUUAAAAUUUUUGUAAAUGGUUUUCCUAAACAUUAAUGACAGAAGUAUUUAUACUUCAUUUUGUGACUUUGUAAAUAAAGUGACAGCUUUUGUUUCAGUACGGUUGUGUUUAUUAUGCAUUGUUUGUGUUUAUUAUACAUUGUUGCAAAAAUGCAGCCUGUGUUGUUCGCUCCAGUGAUACUUUAUAGGCCAGGUGGCUGAGUCACAAUGGAAGAUGUGGAUGUGACCAAGAGGUGUUGUGCAACUGACGAAUGCCAAAUAGAAAACCACUUGGCCAUUUAUUUUGAUUUUCACUGAAAAUUCGAUCACCUUGUUUGAUUCUUAAUCUCUUUUGCAAAAUGUUCAGUCUCCCGCUAGCUCUUUCCUGGUGAGCAUAUAGCAGAAGCUGUUUUUAUCAUAAGUGCUACAGAGGAAAUUUGCGAGGAGGUUGAGAGAGUUCUGUAGGCUUGGGAGAGGUGACGAGAGAGAGAGAGAGUGUGAGCUGAACACUGUCUGAGCUGUCCACCUUGAGGAUCUAGAGUGUCCUCCCAUUUAGAUGAGAGAAAAACCCAGCUUUGCACCUCUCCAAAUGCACCCUUGUAGGGUGCAGGUGAGAUAGUUGUUCCUGGUUUAAAGACUUUCAAUAUUUGUUUUGAUGUAAGGCUCUGGUGGUUUGGGGGAAAAGGGUUUGUAAACAUUAAUACUUGAUUUUUGGUUUGUUUUUGAUGAUUUUUAUCUGCAAUUAUUGUCAUGUAUAUUUCAGUGUCUGUUAUAGAAAACCCACACCCACUGUCCUGUAAACUUUUCUCAGUGUCCAGAAUCUGUGUAAUCACAUUUUAAUUGCCACCUCGUAUUUUGCUUCUAUGUUUGAAAUCUGGCAUCUGUUUCAAGCCAGUGUGUUUUUUCCUCGUUCUGUAAUAAACAGCCAGAAGAAAAGUG